AUGAAACUUUUAAAAGAUCACGAUAACUUGUUUUAUGAAAAUGAAGAAUAUGAAAAAAUUCGGAAAAAAACUUUAUUUAAAAUAUUAUUGUCAGUUUUUAUUAAAACGUUGUUUGAGUCCUUUUUACAGCCCUUACUCCCAUUCUAUAUUUUAAAUUAUUAUAAAAUAGAAGUAAAAGAGUUAGGAAUUUUAUUAAGUUUUUAUUCUUUUUCACAAUGUGUUAUGUGCUUGAUAAUAGGGCUUUUUUCGUCAAUAAACAAGAAGCAUUUAUUAGUAUUUUUAAUUUUAUUUAAUUUAGUAGGUAUAUAUUUAUUUUACAUAAAAUUAAAUUUUACCUUAUUAGUAAUAAACAGAAUAAUAUGUGGCUGUAGUUCAGUUUUUGUAGUUGUAGUCAAUGCUAUAAUUAAUGAUUUAGUUGAUACAAAUGUAUGCACAUAUUAUACAUAUAUAAAUAUAUUCAAUGCAAUUGGUAUAAUAUUAGGCCCAUUACUAUCAUCAUUCUUUUUAACAAUUUUUAAUUUUGAAAUUAUAUUAAACUUUAACACAUUGGGAUUAAUAUCUUCCCUACUUAUUAUUCUUACAAUUUCGAGUGAGCUACUUUCCCAAAAUAAAUAUAAAACACCAGCCAAAUUAGUUCGUGAGUACAAACUAAAUCAAGAUAACAAAAAUGAUAAUAAAUUAGAAGAGGAAGAUAAUGCUAACACAUGGAUUACUUACAAAAAAUAUAAUAAAUAUGGUGAGGAAGAGAAAUCACUUUUAAAUAAACACUAUAAAAAGGGGGAUCCUGAAUAUGUAAAUAAUGAUUUUUUAAACAAUAAAACAAAUUAUUCAGAAACAGGACGUAAAGGAAAUAUUUUUAGUUAUUAUAAUGAUGAUAUAUCAGAUAAAUCUUAUCAACAAUUUUUAAGACGAACAGAUUAUUUAUUCAUUUCAAGAAUUUCUCGAAGCAUUAAAAAUAUCUUUAAUAAAAUUUUGAGUGUAUCACUAACUUAUAAAUCAAAAUGCUUAUUUUCCAUAUGUUUACUUCGAUUCUCGGCAUCAUUUUCGUCAAACCUUAUGAAUAAUAUUUUUUUUGUUUUUUACAACGAUAAUGUUUCAUCUGGUAACAAGCAAAUACAAAUUAGUCUUUUUGUUUCCUUGAGUGGAAUAAUAAUGAUAUGCUAUCAAUAUUUUUCCUUCUCAUUUAUUCUUCGGAAUUUUGGAUAUAAUGGAACUGCUGCCAUAGGGCUAAUCAUACAGAGUACAGGAGUAUUAUUGACAUAUAACAGUAUAAAAUACUAUAAUUUAAUUUUUCAAUAUAUUAGUAUUUGUUUUAUUCAUUCAUGCUCUUAUGCUUACAUAGAGCCAAUUAUCCCAACAAUAAUUUCUCUAUUUUUUGAUAAAAAGGAUCAGCUAUUUACACAAAGUAUAGUAUCAUUUUUUCGAUAUCUAUCUUUAACCAUAUCACCUAUUAUAUACAGUUAUUAUUAUAUAGAAAACCAGUUAUUUCCUUUUUUUAUUUCUUCAUGUAUGUCUAUUGUAUCUAUUUUUUUUGUUUUCCUUUCAUUUAAUUAUUAUGAAAAGAUGAUUAAAUCCACGAAAAAUUGA